AUGUGGGACGUGAGAGCCGUUGCCCCGCAGCGGCCCGCAGCUGGACAUCCCCGAGUAGGCUGGCCCAGAAAGCUCAAGACAGCCGCCAGGAGAUUCUGGGCCACCUGCCCUUCCUCGUCCACCAUCUGCUUCCUCUUUGUCAUCUUUGCGGUGUCCACCAUUUUCCACUGCCACCGGCGCCUGGCCCUGGUGCCCACUCCUUGGGCCUAUGCAGGUCGCGUGGUCUUGUUCCCCAGACACCUGCCGGCGGGGGGCGUGUUCACCAUCAACGCCAAAGGCCGCCUGGGGAACCAGAUGGGGGAGUACGCCACCCUGUACGCCCUGGCCAAGAUGAACGGGCGCGCCGCCUUCAUCCCGCCCCAGAUGCACAGCACGCUGGCCCCCAUCUUCCGAAUCACACUCCCGGUCCUGCACGACGCCACGGCCAGGAGCGUCCCCUGGGAGAACUACUACCUGAACGACUGGAUGGAGGAGCAGUACCGCCACAUCCCGGGGGUAGUGCGCCUCACCGGCUACCCCUGCUCCUGGACCUUCUACCACCACCUCCGCGCCGAGAUCCUCCGGGAGUUCACCCUGCACGCCCACGUGCGUGAGGAGGCCCAGAACUUCCUGCGGGGUCUGCGAGUGAAUGGCAGCCGGCCGAGCACCUACGUGGGGGUGCACGUGCGCCGAGGGGACUACGUCCGCGUCAUGCCCACCGUGUGGAAGGGCGUGCUGGCCGACCGGGACUACCUGCAGCAGGCCCUGGGCUGGUUCCGCGCUCGCCACCGCAGCCCGCUCUUCGUGAUCACCAGCGACGACAUGGCCUGGUGCCGGAGGAACAUCAACAGCUCCCACCAGGACGUGUUGUUUGCGGGCAACGGCCGCCAGGGCUCGCCGGCCAGGGACUUCGCGCUCCUCACGCAGUGUAACCACACCGUCAUCACCGUGGGCACCUUCGGCAUCUGGGCCGCCUACCUCACUGGGGGGAGCACCGUCUACCUGGCCAACUUCACCCUGCCUGGCUCCCGAUUCCGCAUGAUCUUUAAGCCCCAGGCAGCCUUCCUGCCCGAGUGGGUAGGCAUCGCAGCCAACCUGGGGCAGGCCAGAGAGAGCCACCCCUAG